AUGACCUAUAAAAACCACAAUGAUAAAACCUUUCUGGUGCAUUCAAAUGCAAGCAAAGAUGCAAAUCCGAACUCUGAUAUAGAAGGUAACUUUAUAACUUCGAUAAGAUCACCGCAAACCGGUAAAUUUGUUAAUAUUACCGAUGAUACAGAUAUUGCUUUGAAUUACAUUGCGGAUGAAAAUGUGCUAAACAUAGAUGAGGCGACAAAUAGAAGAAUACUUCGAAAAAUUGAUAGAUAUUUGAUGCCACUUAUGUGUUUAUUAUACUGCUUUCAAUUUAUUGACAAAAUGUCCAACUCAUUCGCAUCCAUUAUGGGAAUGAGAGAGGAUUUGAAUAUGGUUGGUGACCAAUAUUCCUGGAGUGGAACUUCUUUUUAUCUAGGGUACUUAGUAUUUGAAUUUCCAGUAUCUCUUCUAUUACAAAGAUUCCCAGUAGCAAAGACUGUAUCAGUUUUCAUCAUUAUAUGGGGGUUUAUAUUGUGUAUGCAUUCAGUUCCUCAAUACGCUGGAUUUAUUGCAUUACGGACAAUAUUGGGAAUGUUGGAAAGUGCAGUUACGCCAGCAUUCGUCAUUUUAACCAGUCAGUGGUAUAAAAAAGAAGAACAAUUCAUCAGGACUGCCUUAUGGUUCGGCUGUAACGGUAUUGGUCAGAUUAUUGGCGCAGGAGCAAUUUCGUAUAACCUUUUUGUCAACGCAGAUUCGUAUUCAAUUGAAGCAUGGAAAUUAUUAUUCAUAAUAACUGGUGUUUUAACAAUUGCUCUUGGCUUCGUGGUCAUGGUCCAUAUACCUGAUACUCCAACAAAGGCGUGGUUUUUAAGUGAUGAAGAGAAAACUCUUGUCGUGGAGAGAAUCAGAUCAAAUCAGCAAGGUUUUGGAAACAAGAAUUUCAAGAAGGACCAAUUCAUUGAAGCUGUUACUGAUAUUCAGACUUGGUUCUUUGCUAUAUUCACGAUAGCCAACAAUAUUCCAAAUGGUGCGGUGACUAAUUUUAGUAGUAUUUUGAUCUCAGGUAUGGGUUACUCACUUUCAGAAUCAUUAUUGAUGCAAAUGCCACAGGGUGCAUGCAUGACUUGUGGUUGUAUUGGAAUUGCUUGUGGAACACUUCUUUUUCCCUACCGGAUAUUCUGGGGUGCCCUCGGAGUCUCAAUUAGUAUAAUUGGCUCUUGCAUGCUUUCGUUUGCUGGUCCACACAAGGCACAAUUCGCCGGUCUUUGUCUUUGGAAUGUUGGACCGGUUGGUUUCAUUUGUUUGUUGUCAAUCAUUGCUUCUAAUACCGCAGGACAUACUAAAAAGAUCACAGUCAAUGCUAUUAAUUUAAUUGCAUACUGUGUUGGAAAUUUGAUAGGACCACAAACCUUCAUCGAAGCUCAAGCUCCUGGAUAUGCAGGUGGUAAGAUAGCAAUUGUAGUUUGUACUUUAGUUGCAUUAUGCAUGCUCUUUUGCAUCUGGUUCGUAUUCUGGUCUCGUAAUAAAAAAUUAGAUGCAAAUCUUACUACCAAAGUUGAGAAUCUUGAAUUCGCUGAUUUAACUGAUAAACAAAACCCUAACUUCAGAUACGCAUUGUGA